AAGGAAACAGAGAAAGACUCUGUUACGCAUGCGCGUGUAAAGUGUACGUCAGCUCUUCCUCUUUAACAAGCUGCCUGAAAGCUACGUGGCCCUCACUCCUCUGACUGUCUUCUCGUCUAACACGACCUCAGAAAUAGCCUAAACACCAUGGAUCAGGUCAUGCAGUUUGUUGAGCCCAGUCGGCAGUUCGUCAAAGACUCUAUAAGGCUCGUGAAGAGAUGCACAAAACCUGACAGAAAAGAAUUCCAGAAGAUUGCUAUGGCCACAGCGAUUGGGUUUGCCAUCAUGGGUUUCAUUGGUUUUUUCGUCAAACUCAUCCACAUCCCCAUCAACAACAUCAUUGUUGGCGGUUAAACCCUGGUCAAUUCCUGGGGACAAGUGUUAUUGGGCUGGUGCGACUGGGGGACAGAAGGGAUGGCAUUUUUACAUUCUGUGUGCAACAUUUAUAUUUCAAUGUGUAAAUAAAUCAAAUGGAAACCCA